UGGCAGAAACAAACGCUGGCUCUGAUGUUCAAUCAAGCAGAGUAUUAAAAACAAGCAUUUUCUAUUAUAUUGACUGCUCGGAAUUGCUAUCUAUUUUGACUAGCGACUCGAGGCUUUGGUGGUUGAAUUAUCAAGGUGACCUGGAAUUUCUAAAACAGUGAAAUCUUGGAUUCUGGCAACGUCGAUCGUGACAUCAAAAAUACGAGCCUUCACGAACGUGACUUCUUAAGGACGGCAUCCCUACGGCAAAAAUAGCCUUUUUUCAGUAUUCGAGUGGUAUAUCAAGUCAAAAACCAUCCUUGUGUGUAGUAUAGGGAUCAGUAUUGCUGUAUAAUUAUUUGAUUUGGAUUUAUUUACGCUGGAAGAGAAAGAAAUCUGAACAGAUAAUUCGGGACUCAUCCACCCUUUGUUUUGCUAUCUGGACAAGAAGAAGUAGUGGAUUUGUCGUCGACGCGAAUGAAAUCUUUGACAGAAAUAUUUAUUCUGGCUGCACAGAUGGAUCAAGCUUCAAAAAUGUCGGUGAACUGGGAUUCAUUUUCCAAUCGCUAAAAUUUUAGCCUAGCCACAACAAUGGCUUUGAAGUAGGAUUUGAACCAAAGAUAAUAUAAAAGCCAAGAAAAGCAGUUUAAAGAGAGAACGCAAAACCACCAAAUACACUCGACUGAAUUUUAAAGGAACAAAGAACAAAAAGUUUGUUUCAAACACAUCAAUAAACCUCACUGCUUCUCAACCAUGUUCGGAGCUCACAAAGAGAUCAAUUAAUACAGUCGGAGAUCCAUUGGACAGAGAUYCAACUUUGGAAGACAACAAAAUGGCAAGUAGAUACCAUGAUGUUGAAUCCAAGCAGUCCACUGACCACCCGAGGAGACGCCAUCCUCUUGGACCAAGAUCCAAGACAAUGAUUGAAGAAACCAGCACUUCUAGGUACCGCAGUCCAGGAAGCGAAGAAUCUCCAGGGCUAGGUAGAAGAUAUGGAAGUGCAAGAUACCAUAGAAAAAAUACGGAUCUUAAAUCCUCUGAUGAUACAACAAUUUCUCCAAGUUAUUCUCAGGGGAUAUCGUCAAGGCGACCAGUUUCCACAAGUGUCAAAUACACUAGCUCUGUUGCAACACCUACCAGGCCGGCUAUUAACCCAUUACAUUAUGGGCGGAGCUCAAGUUUUUCACAUGAAAAUACAGCGUCACAGUAUUCAGUGUCUAAAUCCAAUAGUAAAGGCCCUCUGUACCUUGACUUUACGCGAAGUGGAUUGACCAGUAGAGAGAAAAYAGCAACUACUGGGGAAAGGGAUAGCCCUAUUCUCUCUAGAUUGCAAACCUCAUCUUAUAAGACAAAGUGCCCCUCACCAACUCAUGAAGACAGUAGAGUUAAACCUGACAGAACAAGAACGUACUCCCCUACUUUAUACCAAAAAGACAGAGGACGAUCAACUCCUUCUCCAGAUAUCACAAAAGGCAGUUUAUCAAGAAGUAGUUCUCUAAGUUCUAGGGGUUCUAGUACCGUCUCCAGCAGGAAAAGCUCAGCAAGUUCUACUGGUAGGGACAGAGUAGCAAAUUUAGGGGGUUACUCUGGACAAACAUCCCCAGAUGAUACUACAUCACAAAAUAUAUCCCUUCUCAGUCAACACAUUGCUAGGACGUUUCGUCCCGAAGAUCGUAGAGGCUCGGACGGGGCACUAACAGAGCGACCACCAUUCUUGCGGAGUUAUUCCCUUCGGAGUGAUUACACCUCGAGGUAUGUUCAACACCAAGUUCGUGAAAGAAAGAACUCAAGUCCAGUUCAAAUGACUUUACACAAACAGGCUAGUUUACYGGUGAAGAAGGAUAGCGCUUUGCUUGGAGAAAAAGAUGACGAACGUUCAAGAAAAGGAAGUUGGUUGCGGUCGAGAAAAAAGGCUACUGAUUCGCCAGAGAACAUUAAAAGGUCGGAUUCAAAUUACCCAUCUAAUAAAGAAAAGAAAGUCUCUCUAAGCAGUAGGCUGUCAUCUUCCAAUGAAAGCAACACAGAAAYUCCACAAGCUCCAGCAAAGAGAAAAUUUUCUGUACCAAGUAAGUACUUUUCUUCAAGAGACACAAUGUCAUCUGGGGGAAGCUCUGAGGUUCUUGACGUGACAGAGAUUGGUAGAGCCAGGAAAAAGUAUUCCCUCCCAGGGAAGYUUAGCUUUAGGAAGCGAAGCCCCAGUAUUGAAAGAACGGCCGCUACAAGUAGGUCCGAACCUGGUAGUCCUGAAAGGUAUUUUGAAGAAUUAAGACCUGGUAAAUCUGGUUCUUUUAGCUCAGAUUCAGAAAAAACUGUUGGAUCGGUAAUGAGAAGAUUUAAGUUUUGGGAUAAAAAGGAAAGGCGUUCUCCUCGUUCGAGGUCUAUAUCACCUGAGGGAAGGGAUGCUGAACAAACUGAAAGACUCUUGGGUAAAAUAAAUGUUGGUAAUACUGCCAAACCUAGUGAGUUGAGCAAAAAGGACACGGAAAAAAUAUCAGAUUCUGAAAUUAAACUUGAAGAAACAAAUGUACCACUAAGCAAGAGUGCAGGACCUGAACAAGUGGAAAGAAAAACGUCUUUCAMAAAAAUAGACGUCAGCAAAAAGGUUUCCAUACCUAAAGAGGAAACAGAAAAUUCGMCAGACAAGAAAGACGAUUCGCUAACUCGAGGACAGAGAAGGGCACGGUAUAGAAGAGCAGCGGGUGGCUUUUCAAAGUCAAUGGAUGCAGCUGUAGGGGUUUCUACAACCAGCACUAAUGACGAAGAAGAACCAUCAUCGCCAACUUUGGAAAAGUCUGAGAAACUUAGAGAGAGGAGACGACGACGCCAGCUCGAGAGGGAGAAAUUCUUUGCCUCAAUGGCUGAAGGAGACAUAGCUCCCCAAGAAUACAGACCAAGAAGGCUCCGGUUAAAGGUGUCACGGAGCAUGGAUGCUCCGGAAACUGAGAAGCGUCGCUCCCAAACAAUCGCUUCUACAGAUCAUGUAGAUAUUAUAGAUUCUAUUCUAAAAGAAUCGCCGCACUUGUCUGAAGAGAAUGUGAAGCCGCCGUCAAUCAAGGAAAUGUUAAGUAGGUACAUAUCUGAAGAUGACUCAUCGAAGAUUAUCCUAGAAGCGCACAAGAAGAAGAAACCGGAGGAACGACCGCACAGUAUUUGUGGGGGUGCUCUUUCGCCUGAUGAGAUGAAAAAGUUUGAAGAUAUCAAUUUUUCUCUCGCAAGGAAGGAUUCCUCAGAUGAGCCAGGAGCGUUAAAGAGGGUGGAUAAAAGGUUUUCUUCUGAGGAUGAUACUGAUGGACGACAUGAAAACAGUCAGGGGAGAGAUUUGCCUUUGAAUGUCGUUGGACAUGAGCAGGAGGUCCAGAAGACGUUACCUAAAGCUGAGAAAGAAGUUGAAAUUUUAGAGAGUGAGAAAACUUCGAGAAAACUCUCUCAAUCUGAAGAUUCCACGGACUCACACCUUAAGUCUUUGUUUAGAAGACGAAAGCAUUCCCAUGAAGAAGAUAAAGGAAAGAAAAAAGACAAAGAACAAGAAAAAGAAAGGAUCAAGGUAAAGGAAAGAGAAAAGAAAGAAAAGGAAAAUGAAGAAAAAGAAAGAAAACAAAGGGAUAAACAAAGGCAUAAAGAAGAAAAGGAGGAAAAACUUCGAAAGGAUAAAGAGAAGCAGAAAAUGAAGAAGGAAGAAAAAGAGAAGGCAAAGGAAAGAUUAAAGGAAAAAGAA